GGGAGAACACACCGCGCCGCCGCCGGCCACAGCCGGCUGCCCUCCCAGAAGAGCGAAGCCCGCCGAGAACCGCGCGGUCCACCACCACCCUCGCCGCGUCCGGCGCGGACUAAACUAAACUAAACCCCACGACUCCCAGCGCACCACCAGCACCAAGCCACCAACCACCACUCCCAGCCAGCGAGAACCCCCUCGAAACCCAAGGCGGCGGGCGUGGCGGACUGACCUCUCUCCCUUCCCCAAAGAAGUCACACCUCGUGCCCAGAGGCCUGAGGCCACCGGCUCCCUCCCACCAACCCCACCAUGGCGGCCGCGCGACUCGCCGCCUUCCACGCCGCCGCGCCGGCGUAUUCCUCCUCCUCCGCCUCCCCGAACGGCCGCCGCGCGGCGCGAUCCAGCGCCGCCUUCCCCCCGGUGGCCCUCCCGCGCGCCACCCUCCGCGCCGCGGCCUCUCGGCUCCCCCAGAAGGCGAAGGCGGCGGGGAGCGGCCGGUCGGUGACGGUGAGGUGCAUGGCGGCGGCGGGGGUGGCGUCGGGCGCGGCGGAGCUGAGGGCCGCUCGCGAGGACAUCAGGGAGCUCCUCAGGACAACCCACUGCCACCCCAUCCUGGUUCGUCUUGGAUGGCAUGAUGCUGGUACGUAUGACAAGAAUAUUAAAGAGUGGCCACAACGAGGUGGAGCAAAUGGAAGCUUAAGAUUCGAUGUUGAGUUAAAACAUGGAGCCAAUGCUGGUCUGGUAAAUGCUCUAAAGCUUGUCCAACCUAUCAAGGAUAAAUACCCUAAUAUCUCCUAUGCCGAUUUAUUCCAGUUGGCAAGUGCUACAGCAAUUGAGGAAGCUGGUGGUCCAAAGAUUCCAAUGACAUAUGGACGUGUUGAUGUCACAGGUCCUGAGCAGUGUCCACCUGAGGGGAAGCUUCCUGAUGCUGGCCCAAGUGCACCUGCGGACCACUUGAGGGGAGUAUUUUACAGGAUGGGUCUUGAUGAUAAGGAAAUUGUGGUCCUGUCAGGGGCACAUACACUUGGAAGGUCCAGACCUGAACGGAGUGGUUGGGGGAAACCAGAAACAAAAUAUACAAAGAAUGGCCCUGGUGCUCCUGGUGGGCAAUCAUGGACAGCUGAAUGGCUGAAGUUUGAUAACAGUUAUUUCAAGGAGAUAAAAGAGAAAAGAGAUCAGGAUCUCCUGGUCUUGCCUACGGAUGCUGCAUUAUUUGAGGACCCAACAUUCAAGGUCUACGCAGAAAAAUACGCAGAGGACCAAGAAGUAUUCUUUAAAGACUACGCCGGAGCUCAUGCUAAACUCAGCAAUCUGGGUGCAAAAUUCAAUCCUCCUGAGGGAUUCACGUUGGACGGUUAAUGCGAUCCGCAUGAACCAGAUCGCUGUAGUGUCCAACCACUCGUAAGGAAAAGGAUCAAGAGAAAACAUCACACAACCCAAUUCCCUGCUCCAACUGUUGGGUCUGGAAAGUGAGUUUGUGAAUAAAAGAAAUAAACAAUACAGGCAUUGAGCGAGCCGGCAGACAGACUCGACGAGAAAAUUUUACUCCAUUGUUUGCACUAAAGUGACUAUUCGGUUUGAAAGAAUUUUACAGAAACUUCAGAGAAAUUGAACUGUUUCCGUGAAAAUCUUAUAAACUUAAGAGCCCUAAAACAACA